CAGACCUCCCUGAGCCAUUGCACAAAUAACUUUCGCAAUUGUUUUUAAAUUCCACCACACGUGCGCCCGCGACGGCCAGUCGUGUCUCCCGCGCGCGCCGCUGUGUGCCAAUUAAUCCUCAAAAACGCGCUAAUCUUAAUCGUUUUCGCGCGUUGUGAUCCUAGUUUUUUUAUGCGUUCGGAAAUUAGUUUACAGUAACAAAAUACUACAGUAACUAUUAUUUUUAAAAGUUUUUAACUAAAAAAUAUUUAAAAGGACCUAAACAUUUAAUCUUGGAGACAUAAAAAUGUAAAUUUUAAUUAGGGAAUCGUAAUUAUUUUUCUAUAAAACUUCCUUAAAGUUAAUAUAAUUCGUAGAUUAAUAGUGUACAAAAUCAAUGAGUGCAAUUUAAAAUAAGUGCAAAUAUUUAUAAAAAAUGGGGAAAAUCAAGGUGUUUUUGGUGAUCCUGCUAAACUUAUGGACGAGCAUAAGUGGAAGUAUUAUCUCAUUGAACGAGACAUCGUUCGCAUCGUUCCCGCCGCUGUAUGCACUAGAGGAGUGGACGCGGUGCCAGGGCGCUGAGGACGUAUACUGCAUGGUGGAUGCUGCGUUGGUCGCCCGCACUGAAUCACCGCUGCUGCGUUUGCUGCAGGAGUACUCAGCGCAAACACUGAAGCAUUAUAACAGGACGGUGGUACAUCGAGGGGUGUGCGUGUCGCGCUGCGGGCAGCCCGGGGACGACGGCGAGUGGACACAAGCCGCACAGCAAUGCGUUAACCAGAGUAUGCUGCAGUACGGACUUGAGGCAGAGGUGAUAUCAGCACAAUGGUGCACUACACCGAAGCCAGAGCGGCCAUCGAGCUCAGCGCGGUUUCUCGGCGUACUCUGCAUUGCUCUACUGGUACUGGCUGUGCUAGCUACUGGCUUACACAUCUUAGGAGACUGCUGCAGUACUGUGGAAGGCAACAAAUACUUAUUAGCUUUUUCUUUGAAGCGAAACUGGUCUAUACUGAAUUAUGACAGGACGAAACCUCGUAGCGACGAUCGUAUGAAGAAUUUAACAGCUAUGGAAGGCAUCAGGUUCAUAGGAAUACAAUGUGUUAUUUUCUCUCACGUUUUGUGGAUUUAUGUGUACUCUUACAUUGAUAAUCCACAGUUUGUUGAACAUAUGUACGAUAAUUUUGCGUGGAAGAUGGUUUUAAAUUCACCUGUGUGGCUCCAAGCGUUCUUCUCCCUGUCAGGCUUCCUGACCGCGUACUCCGUCCUCAUCACAACUGACACCAACCCUAUAACCUUCGGGAAGUGUGUACUCUCCAUAAUAAAUAGAUGGAUCAGGUUGACGCCGGUGGCGGGGCUCGCGCUGUGGUUCACGAUGUCGUGGUUCCCGCUGCUGGGGUCGGGGCCGCAGUGGGGGCUGCUGGUGCGGCGCGAGGCGGCCGACUGCGCCCAGCGCUGGUGGUACCACAUGCUCUACGUACACAACCACAUACCGCUCGGCAAGAUGUGCAUGGGACAUACUUGGUACCUGGCGGCAGACAUGCAGCUGCACGUGGCGGGCGUGCUGGCGCUGUUGGUGGCGGCGCGCUGGCGGCGGCUGGCGGCGCCGCUGCUGGCGGGGCCGGUGCUGGGCGCCGCGCUCGCCGCCGCACUCCUCACAUACUUCUACAACCUCACGCCCAUCAUCACUGCACAGCCUCCUGAGUUACUUCGCAAUCUAUUCGGCGGGUCGCAGAUACUCCCGCUGCUGUACCUGCCGAGCUGGAUGAACCUCGCGGGCUACAUGUGCGGGGUGGCCAGCGCCUUCCUGCUGCACUACACGCAGACUAACGCAAUAAACUUAGCUGAGAAUAAGGUGUUCAAGCUGCUGUUCCACGCGUCGCUGUCGCUGUGCGGCGCGGUGGUGGCGUGCGGCGUGGUGUUCCUGGCGGACGCGCCGCCGCCGCGCUGGCUGACGGCGCUCUACGCCGCGCUCGACAGGACGCUCGUCGCUGUUUUCUUCAACAUAUUCCUGUUAGGCUGCUUCACUCGGUGCAAAUCGCCGGCGCGCAGUGCGCUGGAGUGGCGCGGCUUCCACGCGCUGGGCCGGCUGUCGUACUGCGCCUACCUGGUGCACUUCAUCGUGCUGCGCCUCACGCUGGCCGGCAACACGCAGCUCGGCCACGCCUCUCUGCUCUCUAUGAUAUCAUUGUUGAUAACGGCGUCAGUACUGACGUACAUAGUGUCGGUGCCGCUGUGCCUGCUGGUGGAGCUGCCGGCCAUACAGCUGUGGAAGGCGGCGACGGGCGCGGUGGGCGCGGCGGGUGCGGGGGGCAGGGAGCGCGCGCCCGCCGCGCCCCCCGCGCACGCCCCCCUACCGCCCAGCCCCAACACGCACAAGUUCGACCUAGUGGCACACAUACGGCGCAGUGCUGUUUAAUUUUAACCAUAAUUUAUUGUAAGAGAAAAAGCUAAGAUAGUAAAGUCAUUAAUUCAUAUGAAAUCUAAAAUGUAAGAAUACUGUAAAAGUCGAAAAACCCACUAUUUUAUUAGGUUUACUAUGUGAAGUGAAUAAAGUGUAAAUAUUAUAU